AUGCCCUACUUGAAGUGUGUCAAUGAAGAGGAAGCUAAGUAUAUCUUGGAAGAGAUCCAUGAAGGGGUUUGCGGGGACCAUGCAGGUCCCAGAUCCUUGGUAAGUAAGGUUAUCAGAACAGGUUACUUCUGGCCUAACAUGCAGGUGGAUGCAAUGGAGCUCGUUAAGAAGUGUGACGAGUGCCAAAGCUUGUUAUCCCAAGGUAAAGGACAAGUAAAGUUCCUACUAGUUGCUAUUGAUUACUUCACAAAAUGGGUCAAAGCAGAGGCAUUGGCAACCAUCACUGAAGCAAGGAUCCAGAGCUUCGUGUGGAAGAACAUAAUUUGUAGGUUCGAGAUUCCAUGGACGAUCAUAUUAGAUAAAGGGCGACAAUUCAACAGCCAAAGCUUCAAGGAUUUCUAUUUAAGUCUAGGGAUCAAGAACCAGUUCUCGUCCCCAGGACAUCCACAAGCAAAGGCAGACAGAGGUAACCAAUUAGACACUACUCAAGAUCAUCAAAGCCAAGUUGGACGAUGCAAAAGGGGGCUUGGCCGGAAGAAUUACCCAAUGUCUUGUAGGACUACAGGACUACAACAAGAACCCCAACAAGAGAAACCCCCUUCAGACUCACUUAUGGCACCAAAGCAGUAA